ACGACAGCACAGUGCCUUCACUGCACUUCGCUUGGCUGCCUCGAGAAAAGCUCCACUCCAAAAAAAACCUCGCGUCCCUUUUCUGAAUCCAGACUACAGAGGGGCGGGCGUGUCCUGUCGGAUGACGAGCCGGCGUGACAGGUUGGAGCCGUCGCCGGCGGCGGCCGCGGUGGCGCUGCUGCUGGUGGUGGUGGUGGCCGGCGCGCCGGCGUCUGGGCAGGUGGCGACGUCGUGCACGGCGUCGCUGAUAUCGACGUUCACGCCGUGCCUCAACUUCGUGACGGGGAGCACAAACGGCGGCGGCUCGCCGACGAAGCAGUGCUGCGGGGUGCUGGCGGAGAUGGUGCGCACGGGCGCCGACUGCGCCUGCCUCAUCCUCACGGGCAACGUGCCCUUCAGCCUCCCCAUCAACCGCACGCUCGCCGUCUCCCUCCCCAAGCUCUGCAGCUCCACCUCCGUCCCGCUCCAGUGCAGAGACACGGCGACGCAAAUCCCAGCUCCAGGACCUAUCGCGUUCGCUCCGGCUCUGCCUCCACUGCCACCCAUCCCACCGGAAUCGUCCGACCCUCCGGCGGAUCCCACGGCGAUCCCUCCGGCGGUGGACUCGCCGCCGUUCUCCCAGAGGCCAGUGGUGGUGCCCAGCUCCGCUGUUAGGAGGUCUCACGUAUCCGUGGCGGCUGUCGCCGCUGUGCUGCCCAUAGUUGCUGCCGCGUCCAUUUUCGUUUGAUCAGGAUGUGGUGCUGUAGGAUGCAUGCGUUGUGGUGUGCGGUUUGAGAAGGAACUAUCUGUGUUUCCGGGAUUUUGAGUUGGCUUGUGAUCAUGAUUUUGUACAGGGUAUUAUAAACAGCACAGUGAGAAAUACGGCUCCAGGAGUCCAGGCAGAACCAGUCCUCUUCUCCCACCUCUCUGCCUAAUUUCUCCUUUUUUUUUUAUUUACCCCGUGUUCCCUUUCCUCAUGUCCCGCAAGAGCAAUUAUGAACAUUUGAUUUCACUAUCGCAAAAGUUUGUUUGGGUGCAAAACAUUUUGUAACAAA